AUGGCUUCACAGACCCUGAUGAUGACAUCUCUGGGAGCGCAUCUGGUUGCGUCGGUAUGCACCAUGAUCCGUCCGCAAUCAUGCCUGGGCCGGCAAAAACAACCGCUGAUGGCACUACUUUUGCUGUCCGGUAUGAGUCUCGUCACUCCUCAAAACCCCAGGGACAACUUUUGUCGCAGAUUCGCACACCAGACAGUGGUCAUUGAUGACAAGCUAUAUAUCGAUGGCGGCUGGGUGAAUUUCGACGACUUUCAACGAAGCCACCAAAACUAUUCCAUAACUAGAGGCGGCGAGCUGUGGCCCAAUUUGACCAUCAAUUUAAGUAAGAACAACAGGCAAUGGCGGGAUAUACUGACCGCGAACCCUUGCAGCAUCCCAACCGUAAGCGGAGGGGCUCUCUGGGGUGACGAUGUCAACAAGAGAUUCUAUCUCUAUGGUGGGGAUUGGAAUACUGGCUACGCUCGCGAACCUUAUCGCCUGUUAAGCUACGACAUUCUUUACGACACGUGGGAUGACUUUGGGGCGCCCAGCAUCAAUCCCCCGCCAGAGAUAGCCUCCUAUGGCGCAGGAGUCGGGGUAUCGGAGACGGGCAAUGGGUAUUACUACGGAGGAUGGGUAAGUAAUGCCUCUAUGAGUGGAUGGAGUGAGUCCAGGACAAUGAGCUCCAACUUCUACUCGUACGCCUACGAGACGGGCACCUUUACCCAGGCAGCCGGCCCAGACAACAACACGAGAGCAGAAGGCGCCAUGGUUUGGAUCCCGGCAGGUGAUACCCAGGGACUGCUUGUAUAUAUGGGCGGUGUUGUCAGUAACUCUGGCAGCGGAACAGUGGCCCCCCAGCCAUUCGACAAGAUCUUUGUGUUUGAUGCCACGGGCAACUCAUGGUCGACUCAGGCAGCAACCGGUGUGAUUCCGCAGAAUAGACGCCAGUUUUGUAUGGACGUGGCAUGGGCGCCCGACAGAUCAAGCUAUAAUAUCUACCUCUGGGGAGGCCUGAGUGUGCCGCCUCCGCUCGUAAACGCCACCUCGUUCAACGACAUAUACAUCUUGACUCUCCCCUCGUUCACUUGGGUCAAGGCGUAUCCGGACCACCACGGAAAUGCCACACUGCCACCCGCAUAUGGCCAUUACAGUGCUUCCUGCAACAUGGUCAAGUCGAUGUCGCAGCUGUUCGUAAUCGGGGGCACCUACACGGAUACCAAUGCCUGCGAUCUUGCCGUCGACGCAUGGGCGCAACACAACUUUUGGACAGGGACAUACCAUAAUCAAGGGGAUAACAAGACGUACUGGGCGCUGUUUGAUCCAAACGUCACCGACAACGUCGUCCCUAUUGACGUCUACGGCGUUGUCGGUGGGGAUAGAUCCGGCGGCGCAACGCUCACGAGCCCCAAGGGGGGAUUUGACCCGGGCAAUAAGCCUCUUCAGGACUUGAUGGCGCGAAAACCAACGAUACCGUCGCGUUCUCCAACUCGCCACGUAGCUUCCCCAACCGGCACACCCACACCACCACCCGUCCCAGGCCCGACUCUGUCUGCCGGUGCCAUCGCCGGCAUUGUUGUUGGCAGUGUCGCAGGGGUAUCCCUUCUGCUGUUUGGGUGGUUCCUUGUCGGCAGGAUGGUUGUUCGCCGCCGAAGAGAGCGGCGGCAAUCUAAAAUGACUCAGGAUGCAAGAUUGUACAGCGUUAGCAGUACGGCGGCGCCACCGAGCAUGGCCACGUCCAUAGAGCCCUCUAGCUAUGUAGCAUCUCGAUGGUCCCGUCCAGGAAGUCCGCAAGAGCCUUCCGAGCUCCCCUCACAGCCAAACGGCCAUGCGCGUGGUGUACUGGGCGCUGUAAGCGAGCUGCCACCGACGGGAGGGGAGGAUGGUAUAAAGCCUUGA